UGGUUCUUAAAUUCAGUCUUUCCUGGGCCCACUGGGAGUUGGCUGGCCGGGGAAUUUGUUGCAGAAUGGACUGAACUAGGACAGCCUCGCCUCCCGGAGCAGAUGAGGGGAAGGAGGAGGUUUUCCCGGGCCAGACAAGGCUGACAGAUGAGGAUUCGUUCCUCUCCUCCAGGAGUUUCUUUCCGUCUGCUGAUCCCUGGGGGCCCGGUGCGGAGGGAUUGGCAAACCCGGCCGGUCCCAGAUCCUAAACUCCUCUUACGCUCUCCUGUCCCGGAGGUUUUCCGCACUUCCCCCACCCCAGGGAGCCAGAGCGGUCUCCGUUCGGCCCCCCCGAGCCCCCCGGUGCCAUGGCAUUCACGGAACUCUUAGAAGAGGCGGGAGGACUGGGCCUAUAUCAGAUCCUGCAGAUGAUCUCCCUCCUUAUUCCCAUUGUCCUGGUCACCACUCACAAUCUCGUGGAGAACUUCUCGGGGGCCAUCCCAGCCCACCACUGCCGGGUGCCCGGGCUCGAGGCCCACUCCGACCCUGCCGGGAUCCCUGGGAACCUCACCCCUGAAGCCCUCCUGACGGUCUCCAUCCCUCUGGGUCCGGACCAGGAGCCGGAGAAGUGCCGGCGGUUUCUGCACCCCCAGUGGCAGCUCUUGUCCCCCAACGCCUCGGCCGCCAACGCCAGCCGGCCGGACACGGAACCCUGCCCGGACGGCUGGACGUACGACCGGACCGUCUUCUCCUCCACCAUCGUGGCCGAGUGGGAUCUGGUGUGUGACUUCCAGGCACUGAAGCCGUUAUCUCAAUCCAUAUACAUGGGGGGGACUCUGCUGGGUGCAGCUGUUUUCGGCCACGUCUCCGACAGGUUCGGCCGGAGGCUGGUGCUGAGCUGGUGUUACCUGCUGAUGGCGCUUUGCAGCACCUGCGCCGCCUUUGCCCCCAACUUCACCCUCUACUGCGCCCUGCGCUUCCUGUCGGCCUUCGCGGUGGCCAGCAUCAUGAUGAACACCAGCUCGCUUUUGAUGGAGUGGGCCACCAAAGAGACCCGGGCCACGGUCAUGACUGUGAACGCGCUCAGCUUCAGUUUCGGUCUGGUCUUCCUGGGCGGGGUGGCGUACGCCAUCCGAGCCUGGCGGUUGCUCCAGCUGAUUCUGUCCAUUCCCUUCUUCGUCUUCUUCAUGUACUCGUGGUUCCUGGCGGAGUCCGCCCGCUGGCUCGUCAUAACGGGCCGCACGGAGCGGGGGCUGCGGGCUCUGCGCAGAGUGGCGCACAUCAACGGCCAGACCGAGCCGGCAGCACGACUCACGCAGCAGACUUUGAACGCUGCUAUGCAGGAAGAGUUGGCCAUGGCAAAGUGCCAACACACCGUUUUGGAUUUGUUCCGCACCCCAAACCUGCGCAGGAGAGUCUGCUACAUGAUCCUGGUCUGGUUCUCCUUUGGCUUUACGUACUAUGGGCUCGCGCUGGACCUGCAGUCCCUGGGGGGCGACAUCUUCCUGCUCCAGGUCCUCUACGGCACAGUGGACUUCCCGGCCAAGUUCAUAGCCCUGCUGGCCAUGAACCGCGUGGGCCGGCGCCCGACGCAGAUAGCCUGUUUCUUCCUGGCCGGACUCUCCGUCUUGGCCAACGCGUUCGUGUCACAGGAAAUGCAGGCCCUGCGCCUGUCUUUGGCCAUCCUGGGAAUAGGGAGCUUGGGAGCCGCCUUCUCCUGCCUGUGUGUCUUCAGCAGUGAGCUCUACCCAACCGUGCUCAGAAUGACAGCCUUCAGCCUGAACCAGAUAAUGGCCCGCCUGGGCUCCUUGCUGGGCCCACUGAUGAGGAUGACCAGCCAGUUCUUUCCUGCCCUGCCACUGGUCACCUACGGUACCGUCCCCAUCAUCACCAGUCUGGGGGUCCUCUUCCUCCCUGAAACCAAGAACCUCCCUCUGCCUGACACCAUCCAGGAUGUAGAGAGCGGGGGACGAAGGGAGGAGGGAGCAGGAGGCGUCGACAAGCGAGAGAAGACCGCCUGGAAGACCACCCGGUUCUAGGGGGGUCCCCGGAGACUGAGGGAAUCAGGAAGCCCUGGUGCGCCCAAGGACGAUACGCUCGCUGCUGCCCCUGCUCCUGCUGCCGCCUCAGGCCUUCUGGGAGCUGGAGAGCCCCAGGAAGGAGCUGGAGGUACUGCGUGAAGCAGGGGUGAAGACUCACAAGAUAACCGGGAUGGAAAAGGCCCAAACCAGUUCCCUCGACCUUCGGCCCGUCCCUGCUCACCUCUGCUCUCCGGCCAUGACCUUCUGCUUCCCCGGCGCUCCCUGGGUCCCCACUGAAUGGGACGGAGACCGAUUUUCCCACCCACCCGUCUCCGUCAGCCUUCCUGAACAUUCCAGCUCCCUCUGGCCCAAGGCUGAGUAACCUCCUCCCUCAGAUUCCACCUGUCCUCCAGUUAGUCAAUCAGCGGUAUUUAGUCAGCCGAUCAGCGAUAUUUAUUGAGCUCGUACUGCGUGCACAGCACUGGAUUAAAGG